AUUAAACAAUUCAUAACAACUUCUCCAAUCCAAAUUUAAAAUCGUAAAAUGGCAUUCAAGUUAGUUGCAGUAUUUGCUGUUAUUGCUGUCGCCAGUGCUGGAGUUGUUCCUGUAGCUCAAGUUUAUCAACCAGCUCCCGCACCUACUACUGUGGUCAAAUCAUUUGCUCCUGUAGCUUACGCUCACCCACAACCCAUUUUGGCCAAACAUCAUGAUGAACAAUACGAUCCACAUCGUCAAUACAAAUUCGCCUACGAAAUUAACGAUGAACAUACAGGUGAUAAUCACAGCCACCAAGAAGAACGUGAUGGAGAUAUAGUUCAUGGUAAAUAUUCCCUGAUCGAUGCUGAUGGUUUCAGACGUGUGGUCCAAUAUUCGGUUGAUCCUCACAGUGGUUUUAAUGCUGUCGUCAAUCGUAUUCCUUUAGAUCAACAUGUUAAGACUGUCGUGAAACAAGUAUCUGCUCCUGUUCAUUAUGUUGCAUCAGCACCUACCAAAACUGUUGUCAAACAAUAUCCAGUUCCAGUAGCUUAUCAUCAACAUCAUUAA